UUUCCGUUGUUGGUUGGAGACGAGACGAGCGAUUGGAUGUCCGGCCAACUCUUUUCCCCUCCAGCCAGCCAGUCACAGCAACUGCCCGCUUUCAGUGUUCCUUUCCCCUCUACUGCCACCAUGUGAGCAGCUGAGUGAGUCGGAUGGGAACGGCAGGAACUUUUUCCAUGUCAAUCAGUUCUCUUGCUCGACCUGACCCGACAUUUCCAUCAGCUGCCUCCCCUCACUCUCGUCGAAAGGUUCAGCCCGCCACUCGUUACCCUAACCGACACCGAGACUAUCGACCAUACGACCAAACCUACCUAGCCAACCAUAUUCACGCGACAACAACAUCGACACCGAGACCGCGAUUGCGCUUGCGCCAUGGACAUCAUCAAUGGUUGGACCUGAUCCUGACGACCACACUGUUGACCUGCAGUAGUAGCAUAGUGAAGCUCCUGAUUCGGUAACCAUCGCGACCAAGAUAUUCUUCCACAGCCCCAAGCUUACGCCAUCCGUGCGACAAUACUGCUAUACCGACUGGACGAACCCCGCGCAGCCUUGUCAACUUCUUGCGCCGAAUCAUACCGCAAUCAUGCCGGGCGCACGCUCCGAUGCGAACACUCCUCAGCCCGACCGGGAGUUUAUAUCUGACGAGGCACACCUCCUUCCGUUGCCUCCAGACGCUCCUGAUCUCCACGAACUCAACGCCUCUCUCGAUGCCCUCUCCGCCGUCUUCCCCGACAUACAAAUAGACGUCUUCCGCGAGAUGCUCUCCAGCUUCGACGGCGAAUCGAGACUCGCUCUGGUCGCCAACGCUCUCAUCCAAAACAAGGUCACUUGGGUCAAGGGUCGCUGGAGAGCCGCCGAAGAGAUGCCUCGCAACGUGCCAGCCACAGCUGGGCCAGUCUCGGUCCCCUCCAGGCACAAGUUUCGAAGCAAGGAGUACAGAAGCGCAGUCGAAAGACUUGCGUGGCAGGAGUUCAAAGGAUUGUCCCGAUCGACCAUCACCGCAGUCCUCGCCGAGAAUAACUACUGGUACCCGGAUGCCCGUCCAACGCUGGUCAGCCUUUCGUCCAAAUCCUGGCGAUUUGCCAUCUCGUCUCUAUUCCUACGCAGAAAAUCUGUAUCGGGCACCGAGGCAGCAACACACCCGCUUGUCAUCUGGAAAUCAUCUGGCAGGGGCUCUAUUGUGCCCUGUAUCAAGACCACGGGCAAUGCCGAGCUAGAUAAGGAGCUCUACGAAGCACUCAUUCUUCCCAUCCUCAAACAGGCACGUCAGGAAAGGGAAGACAAGGAUCACAGCUUAGCGGCAGAGCUCAACACCAAAGAAGCGGAGGCGCUAGCAAGCAUGUUUGAGUGCUCGUGCUGCUUCACCGAAGCUACGUUCGAAGAGAUUGUGUCAUGCAACGUUGACGGACAUACCAUCUGCUUUCGAUGUGUCCACCAUACCCUCUCGGAAGCCGUAUUCGGACAAGGCUGGCAGUCAACCAUUAACACGGAAACUGGCACACUACGUUGCCCAGCUGUGGAAGGAAGCGGGUGCAAAGGGUGUAUCUCUCAAGAACAGAUGCACCGGGCCAUGCUUGAGUUCAAAAAGGGCGCUGGGAUCAUGCACAAGUUUGAGCAACGUCUAGCCGAGCACAGUCUCGUAGUCAGCGGACUCCCACUUGUCCGCUGCCCUUUCUGUUCCUACGCCGAAGUCAACGAGAUAUACGAGCCUCCUAACCCACUGCCUUACCACUCCCUUAGGAAGAACGCCUUUCAGCUCAUGUUCGCUGUCCUGUGCAUUGGGUUCAUUCCCUUUAUACUACCUCUGGUCCUGAUAAUCGGAAUAAUUACGGUCCUGCUAAGUUACAAGCAGGAUAUAGUAAUACCCUUAUCCCAAGAAUAUCACGCCGCGCGCCAGCGUCUCCAGCGCCGCCGUCGCGGACCCAAGUUCACCUGCCGAAACCCCGAAUGCCAACGCAACUCGUGUCUCUCAUGCAGCAAAGAAUGGGUUGACAUACAUGUCUGCAACGAGUCCUCCCUCGUCGCCUUGCGCACACAAGUAGAGCAAGCCAUGAGCAUGGCGGUCAAGCGUGUCUGUCCCCGCUGCAAUACCUCUUUCGUCAAAACGGCCGGCUGCAACAAGCUCACUUGUCCGUGCGGAUACAAGAUGUGCUACGUCUGUCGAAAGGACAUUGGCGGGGACGGGGAUGGCCCAGACGUGGGGUACAGGCACUUUUGCGACCACUUCAGACCGGAGGGAGAUGGGAGGAAGUGCGACAAGUGUACCAAGUGCAAUUUGUGGGAGGCUGAGAAUACGGAGCUGGUGCUGAAGCAGGCCAAGGAGGAGGCGGAGAGGAAGUGGUUUGAGACGGAGAAUAGGGAGUUGACGGGCGCCGAGAAGGUGUUCUUGGAGACGGGCAUGGCGAUUGACCCGAAUGCAGCGGCAAGGAUGGAUAAGAUGUAUGCGCAUGGGAGUUGGCGGGUGCCGACGCUGGCGGAGUUGUUUGAUUUUAUCCUGGAACAUAUCUUGGAGGCGUGACAAUGCAGAUUAUGGGAGGAGCGAUGCUCGGCGCGCAGUGUCACUUUUCUACCCGCGUAGUGCCAUAGUAAUCCCUAAACCUAUAAUGCUUCUAAUAUUAUCAGACACCCUAAUAACUGGCUCCUUCACAUUCGUAAUGUAUCCUUAGUAGAGUCAUAGUAGUUAAAUGGUUGUGCUUACACAAGGA